AUGGAUUUUGAAAAGUUACGUAUAAGCAAGAAGGAAGUGAUCAAUAUUGUGUUUGUGGGGCAUGUAGAUGCAGGCAAGUCAACUAUUUGUGGGCAGAUUCUUGUAAAUAUGGGACUGAUUGAUCAUAGAACACUUGAGAAAUACAAAGAAAUGGCAAAAGAUCAGAACAGAGAGAGUUGGUAUUUGAGUUGGUGCCUGGACACAAAUCCUGAAGAGAGGGAGCGUGGAAAGACCACAGAAGUUGGAACAGCAACCUUUGAACUUCCCAGGCGAAGAAUAAACAUUCUGGAUGCACCAGGACACAAGCAAUUUGUUUUUGAGAUGAUAAAUGCAGCAAAUCGUGCAGAUGUUGGAAUCCUCGUUGUUUCGGCACGCAUAAACGAAUUUGAAGCAGGCUUUGAGAAGGGAGGACAGACGAGAGAGCAUAUACUGCUCCUGAAGGCAGGAAGCGUACAAAGAUUAAUUGUGCUUGUUAAUAAGAUGGACGACCCGAGCGUUGAUUGGAGCAAGCAAAGGUUUGAUGAAAUAAAGGAAAAAGUCAGUGGAUUUGUAAAAAAGAUGUUUGCAGUGCCUGUGUUUAUUCCAGUAAGCGGAUUCACAGGAGAUUACAUCAAGGAUAAAGGCAAAUGCCCAUGGUAUGAAGGAGAGUCGUUUAUUUGCGAACUUGAGAAGAUAAGCAUCCCUAGAAAGGAUGAAGCGCCUCUUGCAAUUACAAUAACGCAGAAGAUAAAGCUGAUGGGCUCGAUGUAUGUCCAUGGGAAAGUAGAUUGCGGAAAGGUUGUUCCAAACAUGGCAGUUAAGAUUCUUCCACAAAAUACAACGAACCAUGUUAUGUGUAUUUUAGAUGAUGAGGAUGUGGAGAUUGAUAAGGGAUUACCUGGAGACAUUGUAAGACUCAGAUUGAAGGAUGAAACCGAUGAUGUAUCUGUUGGAGGUAAGAUAGUUGAUCUUAAUAACGUCGAUUACAAGGUAUCUCAGGAAUUCACAUGUGGGUUGAACCUGAUUGAUGGAGAAACAGUGAUUAGCUCUGGAUACAGCUGCAUUAUUCAUAUAGGUGUAGUGGCUGUGCCAUGCAAAAUCAAGGAAAUCCGAGACAUGAAGAAUAACAGGAUUAGAUUUUGUAAGCAUGGAGAUAAGGUUCUUGCAAAAGUAGCUGUUGAAUCUCCAAUAUGCAUAUUUAACUGCAGUAAUGAGGAUGACGAAAGAAGGCAAAGGUUUGCAUUGAGGUUUGAAAGCAAAACGAUUGCACUUGGAGUCAUAAGAGUAAUAAAGUAA